AUGUCUCUAACUAUUAGAUCUGCUGUUACUCUUGCAAAUGGUGUAAAGAUGCCAUUAUUAGGUUUAGGAACCUAUCAAAUUUCAGGAGAUGAUAUUAAAAAGUCUGUAAAUUGGGCAAUUGAAGAUGGAUAUAUUCAUAUUGAUACUGCUGCAUCGUAUUGUAAUGAAGAGUUGAUUGGCAAUGCGCUAAAGGAGAUUUUUGCAAGUGGAAAGAUUAAACGUGAGGAUUUGUUUAUCGUCUCCAAGGCUGCCACAUCUGAACAUGGUUAUGAAAAUGCAAUCAAUGGAUGUGAGAGAUCACUCAAGAAGCUUGGUAUCGAUUAUUUGGACUUGUAUUUGAUCCAUUGGCCAGGUGUCAAGGGUUUACAACCAUCUGCACCAGAAAACUCUGUCACUAGAAAGGAGACUUGGAGAGCUUUUGAAAAGUUGUAUCAAGAUAAAAAGUGUCGUUCUAUUGGUGUGAGCAACUAUACCAUCAAACAUCUAGAGGAAUUGAAAAAAGAUUGUACUGUCGUACCACAUGUCAACCAAGUUGAAUUCCAUCCAUUCCUCUAUCAACAAGAUUUACUCGAUUAUUGCAAGGCAAAUAAUAUUGCUUUGGAAGCUUAUUCUUCUUUGGUUCGUGGUCAAGAUUGGGAAAAUCCAACAUUAAAAGAAGUUGCAUCAAAAUUGGGUAAAUCAGUAUCACAGGUUUUAUUAAGAUGGGCUAUUCAAAAGGGAGUAGUUGUCAUUCCAAAAUCAACUAAACAAGAUAGAAUCAAAGAAAAUGCAGACUUGUACAAUUUUAAUAUUCCAAAGGAUUUGGAAGAGAAAUUAGAUGCUCUAAAUCAAUCCAAACAUAUUUGUUGGGAUCCAAAUACUGUUUUAUAA